AUGGGGGAUUUUGCGGUGUUUCCUGCUAUUAGUACUUUGUUGAUUUUGGCAAGGUAAGUUCUGAGAAUAAUCUUCAGAUAUGCAUCGUCAUUGGCAUAGUCAGUGAAUGGAUUCUCAUCAAAGAGGUGUGAGUGUGUUGAAUAAAAAGUAGGAUAUGCUCGUAAGACGCGAUGAACCUUAUUGGCAUUGUUCUUGGCGCAGUUUUUUUGUUUGCUCUUGAAUCUACGGCCUUGCCAGCUGUCAUAAAGCUUGGAGGAUUAUUUGAUACUGAGGAUGAAGAACAGGAGCUAGCUUUUAAAAUUGCAGUAGAAAUCUUCAACAACAAUACAAAAAGAAGGUCAAGACCCAGACUAGAAGCCCAAGUGAAGAGAAUAGCAACCGGUGAUAUCUUUGAUGCAACGCAAAAAGUUUGCAGCUUAUUAGAAACAGGAGUGGCGGCUAUAUUUGGACCACAGGAUCGCUUAACAAGCCUUCAUGUUGCCUCAAUUUGUGACGAGUUCGAAGUGCCUCACAUCGAGACCAGAUGGGAUCGCGCACAGAAAAGAGAUGAUUUGUCAAUCAAUUUGCACCCUUCACCCAAUGUGCUGAGUGAUAUGUACGUAGCUAUGAUUAAGCACAUGGGGUGGAAGAAUUUUACACUUCUUUAUGAAGAAAACGAAGGUUUUUUACGUUUGCAAAAUUUCUUGAAAGGGGCACAAGGAAACGAUUCUAAUGUGCAAAUAUAUAAAUUUGAAGAAGACAUUCCAUAUCGUAGCACAUUUUGGGAAAUAAAAAAGGACAUUCAGAAACUGAAAUUAAAGAAUCAAAAAAUCAUUUUAGAUGUGGGAAGAAAGAAUUUAUACGAUGUUUUAAAGCAAGCCCAACAAGUAGGGAUGCUGACUGAAAAUGAGCAAUAUCUCAUUACUUGUUUGGAUUUGCAUACGAUUGAUCUGUCAGAUUUCAAGUAUGGGAAGUCCAACUUGACAGGAUUCCAUUUGAUUCAGGAUAAUAGCAAUGAUUAUCAAAGUCUAGUCCAUCGCAUGUCUCAGAAUCCAUAUUUCUACCACAGAGGACUGGUAUUUGGCAUUAGGACAGAAACAGCAUUAAUGUUCGAUGCUGUUAGAAUGUUUGUUGUGGCACUGCAAGACUUAGAUGUCGGUAAAGAAGUGAAAAAUUUUCCUGCUAUCUCUUGUAAAAGUGGAUUGUCUAAAGGAACUGAUGGAACUAGUCUUAUCAACUACAUGAAAUCGAGUAAAAUGAUUGGAACAACUGGAAUUAUUGCUUUUGAUGGACAAGGAAUCAGGUCUGCCUUUCAAAUGGACCUUAUGAUUUUACAAGAAAAAGGACUUUUCAAAUUUGGAGAAAUUCUCCCUGGUUUAGCAGUAAAUAUUACACAAAAUGUAGCCACAGAAGAGCCCCUUGAGAAUAAAAAAUUUACUGUAACUACUAUAAAAGGGGACCCCUAUGUAAUGUUGAAAAACUCUUCUGAUCCUCUUAUAGGGAACAAUAGAUUUGAGGGUUUCUGCAUCGAUCUCAUAGAAAGGUUAUCAGAAGUUUUGCAUUUUUCGUAUGAAAUAAAAUUAGUUGAUGAUGGCGACUAUGGCAACAAAUUUCCAAAUGGCAGCUGGUCCGGAAUGAUUGGCGAAGUGAUGAGAGGAGAAGCUCACAUGGCUGUAGCAGGCUUGAGUAUCAACCACAAACGCGAAAAAGCUGUUGAUUUCACCAUGCCGUUCAUGAAUACUGGAAUCAGUAUCCUUUACAAGAAACCAACAACUAAAGUAACUUCCUUGUUUUCUUUCUUAUCUCCAUUUUCAACUGAGGUCUGGAUUUAUUUGAUGGGAACGUACUUUCUGGUCAGCAUUGUUUCAUUUUUGAUUGGUCGACUUACCCCAUACGAAUGGAUUAAUCCUCAUCCUUGCAGACAAGAUGACAUAGUAGUUGAAAACGUUUUCAAUGUUCGAAACACUUGCUGGUUGAUGACGGGAUCUCUUAUGCAACAAGGAUCAGAUUUAAUACCCACGGCUUUUUCCACGAGAACAGUUGCCAGUUUUUGGAAUUUUUUUACCUUGAUUAUGGUUUCUUCUUACACAGCUAACCUUGCUGCUUUUUUAACAGUUGAGAGAGUAAUCUAUCCUUUCUACAGCGCUGAAGAUUUAUCUAAGCAAAGUAAAAUCAAAUAUGGCUGCAUUGACAGCGGGACUACUCGAUCGUUUUUUGAGGAGUCUACAAUACCAACUUAUCAGAAUAUGUGGAAAGCUAUGAUAAGCGAUGAGAAUAAUCUGGUAGUCAAUAACGACGCUGGUAAAGAACUGGUGAAUAAACGGAAUGGACUUUAUGCUUUUAUGAUGGAAUCUGCUACGAUUGAAUACGUUACUGAAAGGGAGUGUAGCUUAGCACAAAUUGGAGGUCUUCUUGAUAACAAAGGUUACGGAAUUGCUACUAAGAAAGGCAACAGGGAAUUGUCAGAUUGGUUGUCUUCAGGCAUUUUGAGACUUCAAGAGAAAGGUGAUCUUCAAAUUUUAAAAGAACGCUGGUGGAAGCAGAAGGGAGGUGGUAAAUGUUCUGACCCAUCUAAGCAAGGUUCAAGUGCUGUUAGGGAGCUCACAUUAGGGAAUGUAGGUGGAGUUUUCGUGGUUUUGAUAUUUGGUUUAGGAGCUGCGACGCUGAUUGCUUUUCUCGAAUUCCGAUGGAGAUCUGCUCAUUGGGAAAAUCCGAAUAAGUGGUCUCUAUGCUAA